AUGGACGCGGUUUUGCCCAUCUUCUUCGAACUCCGAGAAGAGUCUCCGACCCUGAUUACAGACAGGUAUCCGCCAUUAACCCGCGAUGGAGCCUCACUGGUUUUGACAGCGUGCAUCAUGAUGGUGCUGACAACGCUAUGGACGAUCAUGAGGUAUGUCACCGGCAAGAACGACUGUAUCUUUGGGCAAGAACUCACCCUACAGCUUCUCUACUACGGUGUUGCAACGUGCUUUAUUCUAGGAGUUAUCCUCGGCGGUGCUGGCCAUGACGUUAGCGUUCUGGAUCCGAACCUUCACAUUUCGCACUUCGUCAAAAUCUUUCUGGCAGCACAGGUUUUGUACGCUAGCGAGCUCUUGGCGAUCAAGCUCAGCAUUAUAACCUUAAUGCAACGCAUAUUUUCGCAGAGCAGCUCAUGGUUUCGUGCAACAAGUUGGGUUGCUGUUGGCCUGUCAUGCAUAUGGGCGCUCUAUACGGCCCUUCUUGGCUUCGUCAUCUGUCAGCCGAUUCAAAGUGCUUGGGACAUAAAUGUUACGAAGACUGGCUGCGGGGACUAUACCUUGGCUUUCAGUGCAGUUGCCAUCUUCGAUAUCAUCACCGACAUAGUCAUUGUGGUGCUUCCCAUCAAGGUUGUCAGUGGUUUGCAAAUGGCUAGAGCCCACAAAAUUGCUCUUUGUGUGGUAUUCGGAGCAGGUUUCAUGUGA